AUGAUUGAAAGACUCCACCGCCAGUUGAAAGCUGCUAUAAUGGCUCACAGCAAAUCAGACUGGACCGAUGUACUACCCUUAAUCCUUCUCGGAAUAAGAUCUACUUUCAAGGAGGACAUCUCUGCUUCAUCGGCUGAACUGGUGUAUGGAGAACCACUGCGUCUUCCGGGAGAGUUUUUCGUAAUACCUUCCCAUGAGAGCAACGAGCCACAAGAAUUGUUAUCAGGGCUGCGUAAGCAUAUGAAUCAACUAAGACCUACACCCGCAUCACGCCACAUCAAACCAGGGUCGUUUGUGUUCAAGAACCUCAGUACUUGUGACUUUGUAUUUCUUCGACAAGACUGUUUAAGGAAAUCUUUACAGGCCCCAUAUUCUGGUCCCUACAAGGUCACAUGCCGUGACGAAAAGACAAUUACCAUCAUUGUAAGAGGCCAAGAAACUAAGGUAUCUUUGGACAGGGUCAAACCAGCCUAUAUUGUUGCCGAUGAAAAUCCUAUUCUUGAGCCCACGAAAGGUUUGGUGCCGACUGGACAAGCAGAGGAAACCUCAAAACUACCACCAUGUUAUCAAACUCGUUCUGGAAGUCAAAUCCGACCACGGGUUGCUUUUCAGAAUGAUGUAUAG